AGGACGUUGACAUACCUCAAAUCCUAAAAGCAAUUGUCACAGGUUCCAAGAUGGCCAAACAGGGCUACACAGUGGAUUUAAGCAAGCCACUGGUUUUCCAGGUUGGCCAUCUAGGAGAUGCAUACGAUGAGUGGGUCCAUCAACCAAUAGUAGGCAAAGAGGGGCCAAGGUUCUUCAAAAAUGAUCUUUUGGAGUUGUUGACUCGUACACCAUGGUGGGCAAUUCCAACCAUAUGGCUACCAGUUGUAUGGUGGCUGGCUUCAACUUCUGUAAACAGGGGACUCUCUGCUCCUCAGUUGGUUGCUACUCUACUUGUCGGCUUAGCUAUCUGGACAUUGCUGGAAUACUCUCUUCACCGCUUUCUCUUCCACAAGAAACCCCGGGGAUAUUGGGGAAACACAUUGCACUAUCUGUUUCAUGGUUGCCAUCAUAAGCACCCCAUGGACAGAAUGAGGCUGGUCUUCCCCCCUGCAGCUUCCAUGUUUAUCAUUGUACUUGUGGGGAAUGUGAUUAAGCUUCUAACUCCUCUGGUUUACGCUCCUGCCAUUCAUGGAGGAGUGUUGUUGGGGUAUGUUAUCUAUGACUGCACACAUUACUACCUGCACCAUGGAAAACCACUAACUGGGGUGUCCCAUUCCCUGAAGAGAUACCACAUGGAUCAUCACUUCAAGAUCCAGGACAAAGGCUUUGGAAUCACUUCCGCUUUCUGGGACAUUGUUUUUGGAACACUUCCUCCUAAACCAACCAAGAAAAGUAGGUGAUUGUAACUGGAGAUGAAGAAAGUUUUCCUAGACGAUUGAUUUUAAAUUUAGACUAUGUUUCUUUUUUGUUUUCCACCAGCUGUGAAAAAAUUGCAGUUGUACCAUCUUGUGGGAAAAUAAAACACAAAUGAUCUAUAGGAAUUGAUGAUCUUCUGCACAUGAUUCAUGUGU